UCCAGCUCUAACCAUGUCUAUUUGUUGUUGCCUUUUUUUCAGGGACUAUGGAUCUUCAAAGAGAAAAUCAGUUUGGAUGUCCAGUUUGUCUGAGACUCCAAAAAAGAGCGUCGCUCCAGGUGCUGAUGCUAGCUCUGAACCCAUGAUCCUGGAGCAAUAUGUGGUGGUGUCCAACUAUGAGAAGCAGGAGAACUCUGAGAUCAGCCUCCAGGCUGGAGAAGUAGUGGAUGUCAUAGAGAAAAAUGAAAGCGGUUGGUGGUUUGUGAGCACAGCAGAGGAGCAGGGAUGGGUCCCUGCUACAUACUUGGAAUCCCAAAAUGGAACCAGAGAUGACUCUGACAUCAACACAUCUAAAUUUGGGGAAGUUUCUAAGCGACGCAAGGCUCACCUGAGGCGCCUGGACCGGCGAUGGACGCUGGGCGGGAUAGUCAACAGGCAGCAGAGUCGAGAAGAGAAAUAUGUCACUAUCCAGCCGUACGCCAGCCAGGGGAAGGAUGAGAUUGGGUUCGAGAAAGGGGUCACCGUGGAGGUCAUCCAAAAGAACCUGGAAGGAUGGUGGUACAUAAGGUAUCUAGGCAAAGAGGGCUGGGCCCCAGCUUCAUAUCUGAAGAAGGCUAAAGAUGAUCUUCCAUCUAGAAAAAAGAACUUAACUGGGCCAGUGGAAAUCAUAGGAAAUAUCAUGGAGAUCAGUAACCUGCUGAACAAGAAAUCAUCCACUGACAAGGAAGCUCAAGUAGAAAAUGAGACUGCAGAAACACAUAUCACCAAGAAGGAAAUCAGUUUGCCCAUCCUGUGCAAUGACUCUAAUGGCAAUGCCAUGAUGACCUCAGACAAGCAGGUUUCCAGACUGGCCCAGGGAUCCCCAGCCAUAGCAAGGAUAGCACCACAAAGAGCUCAAAUAAGUUCUCCAAAUCUAAGAACGAGACCGCCCCCACGAAGAGAAUCCAGUCUGGGUUUUCAGUUACCCAAGCCACCAGAGCCACCCUCUGUGGAAGUGGAAUAUUACACCAUUGCAGAGUUCCAGUCGUGUAUCUCUGAUGGCAUAAGCUUUCGUGGAGGACAAAAAGCAGAGGUUAUAGAAAAGAAUUCUGGUGGCUGGUGGUAUGUGCAGAUUGGAGAGAAGGAAGGAUGGGCUCCAGCAUCUUACAUUGACAAGAGGAAGAAGCCGAAUUUAAACAGAAGAACCAGUACUUUAACCCGCCCAAAGGUUCCUCCCCCAGCACCUCCCAGUAAACCAAAAGACUCUGAAGAAGGAACAACUCCUGGAGCAGUUUCUUCAGGAGAUACCCAGGAAUCUCCCCACAAGCUGAAAUAUGAAGAACCCGAGUAUGAUGUGCCUGCUUUUGGCUUUGACUCGGAGUGUGAAGUGAGUGAAAGUCAUCAUGAAGAGGGCACUCCUGAAAAACGACUGUUUCAGCCCCUCAAGCCCUCACCUGUAUCAUCACUUCAGAAAGCAAAGUUCAAAGUAGAAGAGUCUUCAGAAGAAGCUACUCAUGAAGAAGAGACCAUCUAUGAGAACGAGGGAUUCAGACGUUACGUGGAAGAUGCUUUGUCCAAUAAGGAAUCCAGUGGAGAUUCCGAUUCUCAGAAAAGCUCCUCUCUGUCCUUGAUCCAAAGGAAUUCUCCAUGUUCCAGCUCUCCUAAAUCAUCGCUCAUGAAGCUCAAGACAGACAAAAACAUCCAGCCCGAUCUUGGAAAAUGUCACUAUUCCAGGAGCGAGGAGACAAAACCAAGGUCAGCUUCAGACGUUGGCUUACGUAGCAUGUCAAGAACGGGCAUGAAGAAGGAGCCUGAGCAGAGUCCUUCCAUUAGAGCAAAGCCAAUUGUUAGGCCCAAACCCUUUCUGAACAAGGCAGAUUCUCAGAGCCAAGAAAAGAUGGAUAUUAGCACUUUAAGGCGUCAGUUGAGGCCAACCGGGCAGCUCAGAGGUGGACUUAAAGGUUCAAGGAGUGAAGAGUCUGCAAGCCCCCCACGCACAGCUUCUGAGAACCAAGAUGACCCUGUUAGGAGAGGCUCAGCUGAUCUCAUCACAGCUCCUUCCCGUGGCAUUUUCUGCUCCAGCCAUACAGCCAAAACUGAGCAAGAAAAUGAUUCCAGAUGUUUCUAUGUGACCACUGACUCAUACCAAAAGGUACAGGAUUCUGAAAUUUGCUUCCCAGCCGGAGUAGAAGUGGAAGUGCUGGAAAAGCAAGCCAGUGGAUGGUGGUACCUGAAGUACGGAGACAUGGAAGGCUGGGCUCCUUCCCAUUAUUUGGCUCUCCCUGAUAACCAACGAGAAACCACAUCAGCAGACGCUGAUUCCUCGUUUGCCAGGAACAGGAAAAAUGAAAACAAGUCAAACAGUUUGGAGAAGAUAGAGAAGAGGGUUCAGGCUUUGAACACCAUCAACCAGAGCAAACGUGCAACACCACCCAUCCCAAGCAAACCUCCCGGUGGCUUUUCGAAAGCAUCAGGGCCGGUUAAAAUGAGGAAUGGUGUGAGGCAGCUUGCUGUCCGUCCACAGUCAGUGUUUGUGUCUCCGCCACCAAAGGAUAAUAACCUGUCAUGCUCCUUGCGCAGAAAUGAGUCUUUAACAGCUACAGACCAACUUAGGGCCGUCCGUCGGAAUUCCUCCUUCAGCAAUGCAUGGUCACAGCCUGGUGACACAAAGGGAAAGCAGCCUGAGCAGCUGGGUACACAGAGCUCUGAGACCACCUCCAACCUCCCUAUGCAGAGGAAUGGGAUCCCUGUGUCCACAGUCAGGCCAAAACCCAUUGAGAAGUCCCAGUUUAUCCACAACAAUCUCAAGGACAUCUAUGUUUCCAUUGCAGACUAUGAAGGAGAUGAGGAGACUGCGGGGUUUCAGGAAGGUGUCUGCAUGGAGGUCCUCGAAAGGAACCCAAAUGGCUGGUGGUACUGCCAGAUCAUGAAUGGUGUGAAGCCAUUCAAAGGCUGGGUGCCCUCAAAUUAUUUGGAAAAAAAGAACUAAUAUUGCAAUAUCUUUAACCUCCCUAAUUUAUACUGUUCCUGCUGUGUACAUGUGGAAAAAACAAUUGCUACACAAAAAGACGUUUCCCUGUGCUCCAGUUUGUACAAAGGAGUCUAUACUGAGGACAAAUCUGCCAUGUUCUGGAGAGGUUUGUGGGGUUUACAUGUUGUAAGCAACUAUGAGGAAGAUGCCGCAUAGUCAAAUGCCUUUUUGUGAAGUUGUUAAUAAUCUUGUAUGUGUAACAGGGUAUGACAUCCCAUCCUUCCCAUUAUUGAUAGGAAACCAAAUGUGUGCCUUUUGUGAGAGAGAAAUACACAUGUAUCUACUUGGGGAGUUCUGUGCCAAACUCUGUUUCACAAUCUUGGCUCCCUUUCUCCUCAUUCUUGUCCAUAUGUGGAAUACCCAAGAAUUUUGAAUGCUUUUCCACAACUUACAGUGAGAAGCAAAUGAAAGUUUCUGAAACAGAGGGACUCUAAUCCUUUGGAGAUGCUCACUUUUUUUUUCUUUUUUUUUUUUUACUAAACAGUUGGUAGGUCCAGAGUUGGAGCCUUUUCACAGCUGAGAGAUUUGGUCUCUGACUUCAGUGUUGUUACUGCUAACUCACCAGAAAAGGCAACCAAGUGAUGUGGGUUGGGGGCUUUUUGUUUCCUUUUGUUCUGUCUUGUUCUUUGAGUUGGGAUUUCAGGUGUUCUAGGGCAGUGAUGCCUACUGGUGCUUGUAAAAACAAACCUACAAACCCCAUGCUUAAGCACAUUGAUUACUUUGUAGGCUCCAUGUUUAGUUCUGUGCCUGACUCCCGCCAGGUGAUCCUGGUUGAUUCUCUUCCCAGAGUUGGGUUUCUCAAAACUUGUCAUAAUAUCAAAGUGUACAAUAGUCCCUUAGGACACUGAAGACAAACCUGUCAAAUGUGUUAAUUCCUGUUUUGCCCUCUUGUCCGAAUCCAAGGGUGCUGACUGCUGGCAGGGCCCACCAGGGUAUUAGUGAGAAAUAUCUGUAACCUUCUGCAACAUCAGUGUUUACAGUGAGUAGGGAAAAAAAAAAGCCAUCAAACUCAGUCUGCACAUCCUUAAUUUGUAUAUUUUUGGGGAAUUGUUUUUGUGUUUUGUUUUUGUCUUUUCUGUGCAUUCUGGGUUUACUUUAUUUUCUCUGUGUGUGUGUAUGUGUGUGUGUGUCUGGUUUUACCAGAAGAGACUUAAAACUGAAGUAGGAGCCAAAUAUGUGUUUCUGUUCCCACUUGAAUCCAAAAAGUACAUUUGUACUGGAAAGUGUGCCUGGGCUUCUCAGGCUCAGAGAUUUAAUAUCAAAGCAAUUAGAUCUACAAUGCAUCUAAUCAGGAAGCUGCCUCCUCUAGUUCCAGUUCUGUUUGCCUUACUUAACUCAUGCUUUGAAACGUGGCACACGGAUGUGGGAAAUGGAAGAGCUGUCCAUUGGAAAAGGCUAGGAAUAUGGAGUUAUUUUAGAGGUAGCCUCGUACUGUAAACAUAAUUGACUGAAUCCCUACUGUACUUAAGGAAGUCAUGCUUUUUCUUUUUUUGUACAGCCUUGUUAAUCACUCAAGAUCAAUAUCUAGUUCCUUUAAAUAAUAGGCAGCCUUGUAAAUCUGUUUUAAGGGGGAGGGGCAGACCAUUUCACUACUGCUUUACACAAAAAAUUACAUGUGCUCUUUUUCCACCAGUUUCGUAUUGAUUUGGCUCAGAAGUUAAAGGUUAUAAAGGCUUCAAAAUAACUGGGAUCAAGGGGCUGAGUAAAAUAGCACAAAAAUAUCAUGUUACUGGGGAUGUUUCACUGCCAAAAAAAA